UCAUCAUCAUCAUCAUCAAAUCUGAGUACCAAAAGAGAAUCGUUCACUGUAUGGAUGAAAUCCUUGAUAAUGCAAGGAAAAGGGUGCACUGUUUUUAACGAGGACGGUGAGGUUGUCUACCGCAUGGAUAAUUACGACACGAGGCGGAGCAGGAAGGUCUAUCUCAUGGAUCUCCAAGGCCGAGUCCUCUUCACUAUAAUUAAAAGGAAACUUCGGUUCUUCGGACGCUGGGAGGGCUAUAAGUCGGAAAAAUAUUCUGCUUCGGGUUCACAUAACAAGAGGACUUGGUUUCGUGUGAGGAAAGAUUGCAGCAUUCUCAAAAAAAGUUUGCACUGUGAUGUAACCACAUUCUGUGGUAAAACUCAAAGGAGCUGCUAUAGCAUAGAAGGUUUCACUGAUAAGUUGGAGUUCAACAUCAAGAAUAGCAUCGGAUCGGUCCUUGCAGAGGUAAGGAGAAAGCAGACAACUUCAGGAGUUUGCUUAGGAGAGGAUGUCUUGGCUCUGGUAAUUGAGCCUCAGGUAGAUCAUUCCCUCAUUGUGGCUCUGGUUGCUGUUUAUGGAUCAAUAUGCCAUAGAAUGUGAUGCACUCUCGAAGAACAAAGGCGAUCAGCAAUCCCCUACUUAAUCGGAAGAGAAUCCAAGUAAGUUCGGGAUAGAUGAGUUGGUGCAGAAUCUGGACAGGAGGAAACUGCUGAUUCUUUGAGUUUUAUUUUAUUCAAAAUUUUUUGAGCAAAUGUCGAGCUUUUUAUGCUUUAUCAAAUAGGACAGAACAGACAGAGUGAGUCCGAUGUGUGACUUGCUCUUGAUGUGUAGUAUCUGUAGAUAACAGGGUUUUUGACACACCAAGAAGCACAAGUGUAAGAACAGAAAACAUUU